AUGAUGCCGAGCGACGAGGAGAUGGCCGCCAUCAUCGAGCAGCAUCGACGGGACAAGGAGAACCUCAGGCCCGAGGACGUCGCUGCGGUGCGGAGGCUCAUCGCCCUCCACCGCGACCCUCGGGCCACCGACGAGGAAGUCCUACGAGCGAAGCAAGAGAUACCGAUGGAGGUAAGGAGAGGGACGAGGGAUGAGGGCCGAAGAGACUUGGGAAGAGACGCAGGAGAAGACGCUAAGGAGUCAUUGUGGCACUGCUGCAUAUAUUCCUUCCAGGUGUACCGCACCGUCUGCCAUGGGCUGGAGCGCGACGAGAUCGAAGACCUCACCAAGCUCCUGAUCAGGAACUGCCGCCAUGCCGCCUGUAAGUAGAGAUGGAGAAGGAAUGGAUGACAUGACUUUCUACGACAUACUUUCCCUUCUUCCCUUUGUCUGUCUUCCCCAGCCAACAUUGCCGCUGAGCGAGGCGUCGCCCUGCCGACGUCUCCCCACCCCUUUCUCGCCACACACGCCCCUCCCCCUGCCCCCGCCGUCUCCGAC